AUCCGCUACCCCUCAGUAGUCGGGCAGAGCGCAGCGUGCAGCCUCAGGGGCUCGCUCCAGGCAGGGUAGAGCCCAAACCCCCAAGAAGAAGCUUUAGAGUGCCCUUAAGUCACCAGAUCAUCAGAUCCCCGAGUUGUUGCCAGAGCUGGGCUGGGUUUUUGGGGAAGGCUCAGCACCCUUGUAGCCCUGAGGUGCCAGGGCAGCUCUCGUGCCCCAGCAGAAGGCCAGGCUGGCCAGCCUUGCUUUGGGGCUAUAGCUGUGUCAGCACAGCACUGCUGAGCCUCAGCAGUGCUUUUCCUUGGGGCCUAAAUGGCAGCUGAACUCCCAGUUGUUUUUUAGAACAGAAGGUGAUAAAGGGUGGAGUUUAUUCAGCACACUGGCCUCCAGCUCUGGGGUAGUCCAGGCAGCAUCUGGAGCAAUUUCUAUCACUGUUUCCAUAAAAUAUUUUAAUGUACCCAACCUAAAACCAAAUAAAUUGUGACUACAAGCUGCAUUCCUCCUCCUGGCCAUUUUGACAUUUGUCCAUGUAUUGUGCCCAGAAAUCCAUCCAGGUCCCAGAACAGCGUUAAACAUCUAAGGUUGAUGCUAAGGUGGACAGAACAUCUGCCAAUAUUAUUCCUGUCUGUGGGGACUGGGCUCUGAAUCUCCCCAAAACAGCACUUCUACAGCUAUGUUGAUGGGAAUGUUAAAGUCUCAAAGGAUGAUGCUGCAAUUCUGCAAAUUUAUGCUGUUGGGGCUUUUGUUGGUUGUGUUGGUUUUUUUUGAUAGGUUAUGAAGCAAGCAGUGUAAGAACUUGGGUUUAAAACUUGUUUAAAGUAUAAGUAAGCUCUCUCCUCCUUCCACCCAUGUCUUCCUUCAGGCUUUGUUUUUGCUUUCUAAUCAAACCUGCAGCAAUAAGACACUGUAUGUUUUCAGGUGCGCUGUCUGAGCGUGUGCUUGUGGAAUCUCCAGUUUCUUUGUGUGUUUGGGUGCUGCAGACACCUGCCCCACCUCCAGCCCCAUUCCUGCCCCACCCCAACCCCAAUCGACGGUUUUGCCUGACCUCAGGAUUUUCCAUGUGGCACUACCUGGGCACCUCCACAGGCCAGACUGAGCCUUUCAGCUUUGCAGUUCUGGGGAAACUUGGGGCAAAUCAGUGGGGCAAAGGGUGAAAACACACAUUAACCUCUGCCCAUUCUGCACAGUGGCCUCUGCAUGAGACCUUGCUCUGUUGUCCUGGGUCUGUCAUUGCUGCCAUCUCCACUCACCAUGAACACAAACAUGCAUGUUUGCUUUAGUCCUGCCACCUGUAGUUCAGCCAGGCUGAACCAGGGCACUGUGUGCAUAGGAGACCUUCCAGGAGAGCUUACCUACAGUAGGAAACACAGCUCACUUACUGAGACAUAUUUUUCUAUUACUGGAGCCAGUCUUGAGCCUUCUGGUUCUGGGGAUGAUGACCUAUAAAAAUUCCAGUUUUGAAUGGAAUAAAAGCAAGUUCUUGGGCAUUUCUUAUCAUGAUGGAACUUUUUGCAGUUUACUGCAGAGUAGGAGAGUGUCCUGGCCGAAUUCCAUCUGGGGUGAUUAUAUUCAGCUGACUGAAAGUGAUCAGUGGCAACUGCUGCAUUUCAUUGUUGGACAGAGUUCCACACAGGGGUUUAAAUUUGUAAUGUAGCUUAGGUUAAAGCAGAGAGGAAAAGAAUUACAGUAAUGUCCCAUUAACCUUAAUUCCUGAAGGCCUUGUGGGGCUUGUCAGACUGCAGUCACAUUCCUUUAAAUGCCAGUGAUCCAGCUGGUGGGGCAUUCCUUGGAAUGCCUGUCCCUUGUCACAGGAUGGCAGCCAGAACAGUGGUGCUUUGUGUAGGGCACGUGCACAUCCCUGCACAUCAAGCAAGGAAACAAACAGAAUGGGUGAAAAAUAGAAGUAAUAAAAGAACACUCAAAGUUUUCUUUGUGAUGGUGCUGUUCAGGCUGAUCCGUGGUUGGUGUUUUGUUCUCAAAAAGGCUGAGUGCUCCUUUGCCUCAAAAAGGUAGAGAAACACUGAUGUAAGAUAUGGAAGGCAUCAUGGAAGACUAUUUUCUGUUAUAUACGCACCCUAAUGUAUAGCAAUUUAUAUUUAUCUCUCCCUGACUUUUACUCCUUUAUUUUGUACCCAGAUUUUCUUGCUCCUGUUUGAAAUAUGCCUUAUAACCUUACAAGUUGUCAGAAGACCACUGUGUUUCACUGGGAUAAAGAAUAUUUCAUCUGCUUCAUAGCAGCAGGAUGUUGUAUGUGUUACAGCUUAACUUUGUUCUACUUUACACCUAGAUAAAGGAUGAAGACUGUCUGUACCAUUUUGAUUACCUCUUCUAGGGUUCAAAGAGAAUCAUAUCCCCUGACCUCCAUUUGCUAAUGGCUCAGCUUGAUCUAACUGGCACACAGAUAGAGGUGCUGUUAAACAAAAGUUACAGUAGCAGGAACCACCUCAAUGCCCCAAGCUCCUCCGCCGGUGUUGGUGGCUCUCUGUGACCAGCCAAAAGCCGCGUGACGCAGUCCUGAGUGCUGCUCCCGAGGAGUUUGGGUGUGAAUGGACAGUGCUGCCACCCCUGAGAGAUGAGACAAAGGAUCCCGCACCCCGCCAGCUCAGCGAGCUCCAAAGAUGAGAGUCCUGCACACCGAGCUCUGUGCUUUGUCUCCAGAGUGAUCUUCGUUCCUGUUGAGCUCACCUCACUGCUGGUCACAAGUUUUGCUUUUGGGAUUUAGACCACCUCUUUUUUCCCCCUCGUUUUACACAAAGACUGUUAAUAGGACUGUUAGUGGAAUGAGCAAAGCCAAUACUCACAGGGUUUAACUUUGUACCAAUAGCACCUUUUGCCCCAGAAUGCCUUACCAAUGCCGCCCAGCACGCGUGUCCCGGUGUACGACUUGGCCUGACGUUUCCGCUGCCUUAGGCACCGCCUCAGCCUCCCGAGCUGACUUUUAGGGACAUUUCUGCACGUAGCAUCUCAUCCGACGAGUCAGACACCGCCUGGCUGCCAGGUCCGGGAGCCGUGUCCGUGAAUGUGCCCGCGGGAUGGCACAGGGAGGGGAGGCUGCCGCGCCCCCCGUGCGCCUCUGGGUGCGCCGCGUGGGGGUUUACUGCGAUGAGCACCGCAAAACCUGGCUCGUGGCCGCAGAAGAGGCAAGUGUGCGCUUUGAGCUUCCCCGUGGUUGUGGCUUUGCUGUUUCAGGUGCCUCUGCCAGUAACUGCCUGCUCUGUUUGUUACUUUCCCCCAGGAGGAAGCUUGAUGGUGUUGAAGAACUGCUGCUUAAACUCGUGCCUGGGGAUUAAUCUGUUCCUGAACAUGUCCCGGAAGGAUCCCUGCCAGAAACAAGCCUGUGAAAUACAGAAAUGCUUGCAAGCAAACAACUACCUGGAGUCCAAGUGUGAAGCUGCGCUUCAGGAGAUGCGGAAAUGCUGCGCUCGGUACACCAAGGGCAGAUCUGUCUGUUGUUCAGGGUUUGAGAGAGAAGAAAGGGAGAGAGAAAAGGCUAAGUUGACUUCAAAAGGAAUUUCCCCACCACCUCAGUAACACAAUGCAGCUCCAGCAGCUGCUGGAGCAUGGACUCACUUGAAGAGCUCGUGUGUGUUUUUUCAAGCCUUCUUUAGACUUUCAGAAAAGCCAGAUUGCUCCUGGAACACACCGUUCAGCACACCAAAAAGCAUUACACAGUACCAACAUAUGGCCUGGUUAACAAACUUUAUUUUCUGUAUGAAAACAUAAUCUAUGUUGCCUCUGCAUCACACCUGUGAAAUGUCAACUUGAUGUUUUUAGGAUGCUUACCUUACUCUAAUCCAUCCUUGCUCUAAAAAUGGAGAAUUGGAACCGAGUUAUUCUGGCUUAUGGAGCGAGAGGUACAGGAAAUGAGCUCAGAAGAGUGAGUUUAAACACAAAACAAACCCAUCUUGAUACAACAUAGGUAUUGCUGCCACCAUGCAGUAGUUCCAGACAACUUUUGCCUGUCCAGUGGUUCAAGCUCAAGAAUGGGAAUCAGGUCUGAUGAUUGUUCCUAAGUCUUGUAUAGAUCAUGAGUGACUACAAGUCACUUUGCCUAAGUGCCUCACUUUUCCACUGGACAGAGUUGUUUAUUUUAUAUUUGAAUUGCCUACACGCUGCUAUUUGCAUGAUAAUGAUGUUACAGGAAUAUAAUUUCAGGGAUUGCUACAGGGAUAGGAUAUUUUUUUAAAAAAGCAAUAUUCAUUUGAAAGAUUUGACUGUUGAUACAAAAUUUAUAAAUUUAUGUCUAAUUGAACACCUUUAAGCAAUAUGCUUUGAAUCCAAGUCUAGUUAAAACUGCUGAUACCCAAAGGCCUCUCACAGAGCCCUGGGCUAGAUCCAAGAACUGACUUAGGUGCUGCUUACUGAACAAGCAGUUUUAGGCAGUAAUUUUCCAUACAGCAUUCCAGACUCACUCCCCAGCUGGCUGUGUCUGGACCCCAGGAGAGAUUGCUUUCCAGAAGCUCUCGGGCAUGCAGCAGAAUUUCCUGUGACCUGUAGGAAGAGCUCAUAGAUAGGUUCCUGCACCACCCUUCAGCGUUGCCUGUAGCAGGAGUCCAGGCACCCAAAUAUCAGGCUCCCAACCCACUAGCCCUAACUCUGUAUUAGAUCUAGCCGUAAAGGACUUUUGUGCUGUGAUCAAGUACAACUUACUAAUGAAAUAGAGCUUCUAUAAACCACUGAGGUCUAGGCACAAUAGUUGUGUGUACUGAAGCCUAGAAGAGCAAACCAUCUGCAUUCACUGCUCUGAAAUACCAUGGUACAAAAUAAACAACUGGAACAAA